AUGGAUUCCGCCAAUGUCAGGGGCCUGCUCGCCGCAAGCCUGGACGCGGAUGCGGACAGCCGACGGCGGUCUGAGCUUCAGCUGAAGCAGGUCGAGGAAAGUGCCGGCUUCAUGGACUGCCUCUUCCAGAUAUUGCAAGCGGAGCAGGAUCCCAGCGUCCGACUCUCGACCGUCAUCUACAUCAAAAAUCGCGUUCAACGCUCCUGGAACCCGAUGGAUCAGGAUUCUAAGCAAGUCUUGAUACCGGAGGAGGAGAAAACCCGCAUCCGCCAGAUACUGGUCCCUCUCCUGGCCGCCUCCGAGGGUCCCGUGCGCCAGCAGCUCGUCCCCGUCCUCCAGCGCAUCCUCCAAGCCGACUUUCCGACGCGAUGGCCUCGCUUCAUCGAGUACACCAUGGAGCUUCUCAACACCAACAGUCCGAGCUCCGUGCACGCCGGCCUGCAGUGUCUCCUCGCCCUCUGCCGCGCCUUUCGCUACAAGUCGACCGAGAGUCAGGAUCGGCGGCAGUUCGACACCAUCAUCGAGACGAGCUUCCCUCGUCUCAUGGCCAUCUGCAACGAGCUGGUGAACCAGGAGAGCGACGAGGCCGGGGAGAUGCUCCACCUCGCUCUGAAGGCCUACAAGCACGCGACAUGGCUUGAGCUGUCGCCCUACCUGCGGCAGGAGCAGACCAACAUCGCCUGGUGCACCGUCUUCCUCCAGACCGUCGCCAAACCGGCGCCCGCGAGCUCCAUGCAGGGCGACCCCUUCGAGCGCGAGAAGCACCAGUGGUGGAAGGCGAAGAAAUGGGCCUUCUUCAACCUCAACCGCCUGUUCAUCCGACACGGCAACCCCGCGAGCCCGGGCAAGGGCGCCGAAGCCGCCGCCUUUGCCAAGAACUUCACGGCCAACAUCGCGCCCGAAAUCUUGAAGCACUACCUCCAGGAGAUCGAGAAGUGGGUGGCCAAGACGACGUGGCUCAGCCGGUCCUGCCUGUCGUACAUGCUCGUCUUCCUCGACGAGUCCGUCCGACCCAAGGAGAUGUGGACCCAUCUCAAGGCCCACCUGACGAACCUGGUCACCCACUUCGUCUUCCCCGUCCUCUGCCUCUCGCCCGAGGAUGUCGAGCAGUUCGAGGAGGAGCCGGAGGAGUACCUGCACCGCAAGCUCAACUACUUCGAGGAGGCCUCGGCGCCCGACGUCUCGGCCACCAACUUCCUCGUCAACCUCACCAAGAACCGGCGGAAGGAGACGUUUGAGAUCCUCAAGUUCGUCAACGCCGUCGUCAACGAGUACGAGCAGUCGCCCGACGACAAGAAGAACCACAUCGCCAAGGAGGGCGCCCUGCGCAUGAUCGGCACCCUCGCCCCCGUCAUCCUGAGCAAGAAGAGCCCCAUCGCCGACCAGGUCGAGUACUUCCUCGUCCGAUACGUCUUCCCCGACUUCACCAGCGCCCAGGGCUACCUCCGCGCGCGCGCCUGCGACACCAUCGAGAAGUUCGAGCAGCUCAACUUCCAGGACCAGAACAACCUGCUCACCAUCUACCGCCACAUCCUCGACUGCAUGGCCGACCCGGCCCUGCCCGUCCGCGUCACCGCCGCCCUGGCCCUCCAGCCCCUCAUCCGACACGACGUGAUCCGGACGAGCAUGCAGCAGAGCAUCCCGACCAUCAUGCAGCAGCUCCUCAAGCUCGCCAACGAGGCCGACAUCGACGCCCUCGCCAACGUCAUGGAGGACUUUGUCGAAGUCUUCGCCACCGAGCUCACGCCCUUCGCCGUGGCCCUCUGCGAGCAGCUGCGCGACACCUACCUCCGCAUCGUGCGCGAGCUCUUGGAGAAGGAGACCAAGGCCGGCGACGACGCCGACCUCUACGCCGACUACGAUGACAAGAGCAUCACGGCCCUCGGCGUCCUGCAAACCAUCGGGACGCUCAUCCUGACGCUCGAGAACACGCCCGAUGUCCUGCUCCACAUCGAGUCCGUCCUGAUGCCCGUCGUCAAGAUCACGCUGGAGAACAAGCUAUACGACCUCUACAACGAGGUGUUUGAGAUCAUCGACAGCUGCACCUUCGCGGCCAAGAGCAUAUCGCCCAACAUGUGGCAGGCCUUUGAGAUGAUCCACGCCACCUUCAAGGCCGGUGCCGAGUACUACCUCGAGGACAUGCUGCCCGCCCUCGACAACUUCGUCCAGUACGGCGUCCCCCAGCUGACGCAGAAGCCGGACUACGUCGAGGCGCUCUACUCCAUGGUGGCCGACAUGUUCACCGACAAGGUGCAGGGCGGCGUCGAGAGGAUCUGCGCCUGCAAGCUGGCCGAAGCCAUGAUGCUGAGCCUGAGGGACAACAUCGACAAGUACGUCGAGGGCUUCGUCGUCAUGGCCAUGGAGGUGCUGGCUGCCCAGGACAUCAAGAUCAAGAGCUACAAGAUCCACCUGAUGGAGAUGGUGAUCAACGCCAUGCACUACAACACGCUGUUCGCCCUGCAGGUGCUGGAGAGCAAGGGUUGGACGAACCGCUUCUUCAGCCUCUGGUUCAGCAACAUGUCGUCGUUCAGCCGCGUGCACGACAAGAAGCUUUGCAUCGUCUCCAUCUCGGCGCUGCUAAGCAUCAACCGCGACCAGAUUCCGGCCAGCGUCGCCGUCGGUUGGCCGCGCCUGCUGCAGGGCAUCACCGAGCUUUUCAAGUCGCUCCCGGGUGCCAUGAGGAAUCGAGAGGAGGCCCUGCGGGACGACUUCCAGUUCGACACGAACUACGGCGAGGCCGACGAGGAUGAGUGGGACGAGGCCGAGACCAACUGGAACGGCGACGAGAUGGCCGAGGAGCAGGAAGCGACGACCAAGGACGAUGGAAAGGCAUAUCUGGAGUUCCUGAACCAGCAGGCCCAGCAGUUUAGCCGCAGCGUCGAGGACGACGACGACGACGAAGAGGAGCUCGGCGAAGACAGCGUCCUUCUCGAGACCCCCUUGGACCGGAUCGAGCCCUAUCAGCUGUUCAAGGCCACUUUGAUGAGUAAGCACGUCCUGCAGGCAACUGAUGACGGUUCGUCGGUGAUUAACGCGCAGAUGACAGAAAUGGAACAAGAGCAACCGCAGUUCUACACCGAGCUGGCUGGCCAUCUCUCCAACGAGGAGCAAGAGGUGAUUCAUGCCGUCAUCCUCAAGGCAGACGAAGUCGCGGCGCAGCAGGUGCAGCAGACGCAGCAGGUGCAGCAGGCUCAAUGA